GCAAGAGUCCAGCAACACACAGCUGAGCGUGGCCAAAGAAACGCGGCGGCUGUCUGGCGGGUGGUGGGCGGCGGCUUACAAAUGUCAUUGUCUCCACCUACUGGCGGCGUGACAGCGUAGACCACCGCCACGCAGGAGACACAGGGACCCCAGGGGCUGUGUGGAGGCUGUGGGAAGGACUGUUCCAGCGACACGGUGUUUGACUGUUGUGCACAUGCUCAUACGUCCAGACAGGAAGCUGCACGCUAGAGAGAGAGAGAGCACCGUGGCUCAUGCAGUGCCGACCCUGGUGUGCUGGUGGAAGGAAGUAAGAAGCUAUGGUGGAUGUGCUGCCAAAGGUGCAACGUAUUGACGUGUGGCCGGCUGACAGACCCUCUCAUCUUGACCAAAUGAAUCUUCAGUACUACACUGGAAAUGACUCGGGAGGCCACAGCAGAGGCAGUCACUAUGCAAGGCCACACUACACCGGCAACCCAAAUGGAAGAAGACGCAGAUACAGGAAUAGUGAGAGCCUCGAUGGCCAGUCGUGGAGCCGUGAUACAUUUGCUCACUCGUCACAGUUUGUCCCCGCCCCAAGACCAUCAAAAUAUGCUCAGAAGACUCGCACUCAGUCAACGCGCAGCUACCUGAACCAGAUUAAAUUGAUUGAGAGCCUGGCGGAGUUCAAGAAGUAUCCUAUGGUACACGCUGGUCCUCUUGAGCGCCCUGUCCAUGGCCAGGCCUGCAAGUGCCUACCCUUCAGUGGCGUGAGGACUUGGAAAUCAUACAAAGAAACAGCUGUAACUCAUCGCAGCCCACCGCGAAGAUAACCAGGAUGACAAACCUUCAUAUGACCUUGUGUUCGCCGGACGAGUGUUUGCCGUGACCUUCAUUAUACCGUUAAGGUCACGCACGGGUAAGGAGACUGCCCAUACCUCUUCCAUCUGUUCGUUGUUAAAAGACUGUUAGAAAAUGCAAAAGGGAUUCUUAUACUGUAAUUUCUGACUUGUUUAUGUUGUGAAAGGGUAAAGUUAUGUUUGUUUGUUUGUUUGUUUGUUUGUUUGUUUUUAUUUAGGAGGGACUAAAGAAUUUUUAACCGUCAAUUCUGCGUUUUUAUUGUGAAAGGAAGGUUAUAAUUAUGAAACUAUGUAGAAAUGCAGUAAGGAUUCUUAAACCGGUAUUUCCAACUGUGAUUUGUAUUGUGAAAGGGCAUAGUUAUAUGAAAAUUAACUGAGUGGCUUGCAUUGGCAUACACAAACAAUAUUCUCAAAUGUCAAGGGUUCUUAUCUCGGUCACUUUAAAGACAGUUAAGUGAAUGUUACUAGAGUUUUUAAGAAUGCUUCGUGACUCUAGGAAUGUUUAAGAAAUGUGCAGCAUCACCAGAAGGAAGAACGCAUGAGAACACCGAGUAAUCAUCUUCCUGACCUUUGAUUUGAAAACAGUCCUGCGGGAGAACAAAACAUAUAUGAAUAAGAUUUUUGUUAUCUCCUAAAGUUUAACAAGAAUUCCGCGUCCCCAACAGGAAGAACACCCACGAGAACCUGCUUCAUCAUCUCCGUUGCCUUUCAAAACAGUCCUGGCGGGAGAACAAAACAUAUAGGAAUAAGAUUUUUGUUAUCUUCCUUAAGUUUAACAAGAAUUCCGCGUCGCCAACAGGAAGAACACCCACGAGAACCUGCUUCAUCAUCUCCGUUGCCUUUGAAAACAGUCCUGGCGGGAGAACCAAACAUACGGAGUACUUAGUGUUUGUUAUCCUCCUCCCUUGGUUUUCAUGAUCACGGUGAUAGUUUAACAAGACUUAGAAAAAAAAAUCAUCAAUUAGAACUCGACUAAUAAUCUGUGUCUUUUGAAAACAGUCUAGAUGGGAGAACAGAGCGUUUAAUAAUGGUAACCUUUGUCACUCCCCCAUAGUUUAUCAAUAAUUCUGCUUCACUAAUAGGAAAAACAUCAACCAUGAGCAUCCGACUAAUCAUCCCUGUCAUCCUUAAAAACAGUCCUAAGUGAGAGAAUAAAGCAUUUAAGACUACAAGCUUGUGUGUGUCGCAUCGAAUUUACCAGUCAACAUUAUUCCCUAUGGCAGGUGUUCAGAAAUGCUUUGCUCUCAUACCACGACUAUUUUCAAAGGCCACACAGAUGAUCAGCCGGGCUCUCAAGUGUGUUUCUCCUGUUAAUAAUGUAGAAUGCCUGUUAAUCUGUCACUAGAACCGUAAAAACACCCUUUAAAACCCGUGUAACUUCAAUUAUAGAGCCUCUAUGAAUGUAGUGUAGAUGUGACGCAGAAGUGUUUCAGAAUACGGCCCCAUUACAGACGUCGGAGCGGAACCAGCGAGGCAACACGAAGCUUGAGUGAGUCACGGUUCUCUUCCCCUGUCUCUAACUAGUCCCUCUCUCCCUCCCUCGCUCGCUCCAAUAGGUGUUGUCACGCAUAUGGUUCACAGGGUUAGUCAGACGCCCGCCCCAUGACGUGGCCAGCACCUCUCUCUCUCUAUCACCCCUGCCCUCCCUCCCCGUGCUGUUGUUGUUGUUGUUGUUGUUGUUGUUGUUGUUGUUGUUGUCACUUGUCACGCCAACUUUUUCACUCGCUCCUUUUGUUUUUCUUUCUUGUUUUCUUCCUCUUGUAUAUCCUCAUCAUCAUCGUUGUCAUCGUUUUCUUUCUCGUGUUUUUAUUCUUAUUUUCUUCCUGUUCCUCUUCUUCUUUAUUGUCCUCCUACUCCUCCUCCUCGUUGUAGUUGUUGUUGUUGUUGUGGUUGUUGUUGUUGUUGUUGUUGUUGUUGUUGUUCUUCUUCUUCUUCUUCUUCUUCUUCUUCUUCUUCUUCUUCUUCUUCUUCUUCUUCUUCUUCUUCUUCUUCUUCUUCUUCUUCUUCUUCUUCUUCUUCUUCUUCUUCUUCUUCUUCUUCUUCUUCUUCUUCUUCUUCUCCUCUGAUGGUAGUAAUCAUUGUAGUGUAGUGACAUCAAGCAACCUAGCAAGUAACAGUGGAUCCGUUGGUGCAUGUAAUCCUUUGUAAUCCUCCUCCUCCUCCUCCUCCUCCUCCUCCUCCUCCUCCUCCUCCUCCUCCUCACCUCCCAUAAGAACAUAAGCAAAUCAGAAGACUACAAAGGCUCAGGUGACCUACACGAGGCAGCUCCUGAGGAAUUAACUUACCUUUGUCCUCCCUUCACUCCGGACCUCCCUUCCUGCUUCAGUACUUCCCCCUUUGCGUCUUCAAUUCACUCAACGGGAAGGUUUUAAGGCGCUUAUCCUCCAGUUUUGGAAGAUCCUUUUUUGACGUUUCUUUGUUGGCAUCUCAGUGUGUGUGUGUGUGUGUGUGUGUGUGUGUGUGUGUGUGUGUGUGUGUGUGUCCAACCUCCUCUUGGAAGUAAUUAAACUGAUGUGGUAUAACUUCUUUUUUUUUCAUGUUGGGGGAAUAUUUCGACAGAAGCAUAAGAGGAUACACGUGAUUAGCUGUAUUAACUUUUUUUUACCUGUCUUUUUCCCGCUAUUUGUUUAGUUUUUUGUUUCUUUGUUUUUUUUUUAUUAUAUACGGUAUGUACAUAUGACCAGUAAACCGUAUCUAUCUAUCUAUAUAUCUAUCUAUCUGUCUGUACUUCACCUCGUUCUUGCAAAGUUUGAUUCAUACAUAGUUCUAAUUCCGCAGUCUUUUAUCUACGCCUAGUGUGUCAAUUUCUUUUUUUACACACUUCGUGGCGCAAUGGUUAACGUGCUUGGCUGCGAUUCACAAGGUUCCACGAUCGAAUCCCUUAACCUGUAUGCAUGUGUGUGUGUGUGUGUGUGUGUGUGUGUGUGUGUGAUAAAGCACUCAGUUCCUUCGUGUGUGUGUGUGUGUGUGUGUGUGUGUGUGUGUGUGUGUGUGAUAAAACACUCAUUUCCUUCGUGUGUGUGUUUUUGUGUGUGUGUGCGUGUGUAUGAUAAAACACUCAAUUCCUUCGCGUGUGUGUGUGUGUGUGUGUUAGAGUCCCGUGCUUCCUCCGUGCCUCACACAUGAAGUAUUGACAGAGAGAUAACAAGGGGACCCAGCGACUCUAUAAGGGAAGGCGAGCAUCGAAGUAAGCUUGUGUGUUUCCUCGCGUCGUGUCGUCGUGGCCUGUGGGAGUCUUAACGUUGGCGUGACCUUAUUUCUUAUCACGGCUUAAGAUCAAAACUUCUUAUAGUGGUGAUCCCUCCCUUCCCUCCCUCCAUCCCUCCCCAACCCC